AUGCCGAAAUCCAAGCGCAACCGCCCAGUGACCUUAUCGAAGACCAAGAAGAAGCCGGGUUUAGAGCGCAAGGGCAAAGUAGUCGCCGAGAUCAAAGAUGCUAUCGACAAAUACAGCAGCGCCUAUGUUUUUACUUACGAUAACAUGAGGAAUCAGAAGCUCAAGGACCUCAGGGAGCAGCUCAAAUCCUCUAGCAGGAUAUUUCUUGCUGGAAAGAAGGUCAUGCAGAUAGCAUUGGGGCGUUCACCUGCUGAUGAAGCUAAAACAGGCCUCCACAAACUUUCCAAGUUCCUUCAAGGUGACUCUGGUCUGUUCUUUACCAAUCUUCCAAGGGAUGAUGUUGAGAGGAUGUUUCGAGAAUUUGAGGAGCAUGAUUUUGCAAGGACAGGAAGUACUGCGACAGAGACGGUGGAGCUUAAGGAAGGUCCUCUGGAACAGUUCACACAUGAGAUGGAGCCCUUUCUACGGAAGCAAGGACUUCCAGUUCGCUUGAACAAAGGUGUUGUAGAGUUGGUUGCAGACCAUGUAGUUUGUGAGGAAGGAAAGCCCCUUUCACCAGAAGCAGCACAGACUCUGCGGUUGCUUGGAAUACAGAUGGCAACAUUCCGUUUAUACCUUGUGUGCCGCUGGUCGUGUGAUGAGUUUGAAGUUUACAAAGAAGGCUUGAUGCACCUAGAAGCUGAUGAUUCUUCUUAA